GCCGGCAGCCCGCGUCCCUUCCCGACCCUUCCCGUCCCUUCCCCGCCGCCCCCGCGUCCCGAGUGCCCGCGCCGGCCGGACCCGCUCCCGCCGCGGCCGCUGGCAGGGCUGCUCCGCCCUCCUCCUCCUCCUCCUCCUCCUCCUCCCACGCGGGGCAAGGGCAGCCCCGAGGGCGCCCGGCGGCCCGGAGGGGCCGCACCGCUGGCCGGGACCGGCUGCACCAUGUGAAGCGGCGGGGCUGUCCCCCCGCCCCGAGCCGCCCUCUCCCGCACCAUGAGGGACGGGGAUGCGGGGCAGCACCCACGCCGCGCACAGGUAGAGCCCGGGCGGCUCCUCCGCCUCCUCUCCUGCGUGGUCCUUGUGUGCGGGGCGGAGGUCGCGGCUCUCGCCGACUUCUCAGGUUACCUAACGAAGCUCCUGCAGAAUCACACUGCCUAUGCCUGCGACGGGCAGCACCUGAGCCUGCACUGCCCUCGGCACUCAACCAUCAGCAUUCAGUCAGCAUUUUAUGGGCAGGACCCCCACAUGUGCAGUGCUUGGGAGCCUGAAACCAGGAUGACAGAACCCAGGAACUGCGUGGCACCCACCUCUUUGCAGAAAGUACUGGAUGAAUGCCAAAACCUGAGAUCCUGCCAACUCCUUGUCAAUAGUCGGGUUUUUGGGCCUGAUCUGUGUCCAGGGACCACUAAAUUCCUCCUUGUCUCCUUUAAAUGCAAACCUACUGAAUACAAAACCAAAUCAGCAUGUGAAAACCAGGAACUGAAGCUCCACUGUCAGGAAUCCAAGUUCCUUAUCAUCUACUCGGCCACCUAUGGCAGAUGGGCACACGAGGAGAGCGUCUGCUCAACAAAGGCGGAGCACACACCCCCCUUUGACUGUUUGUCUUACACAGCGCUGGAAGUGUUAUCAAAAAGGUGUUAUGGGAAACAGAGAUGCAAAAUCAUUGUCACUAGCCAGGAUUUUGGAAGUCCGUGCCUACCUGGAGUGACAAAAUACCUAAAUGUCAGCUAUGCAUGUGUUCCUAAAUUUAUCCUCACGGCAAUCAACCCUCUGGUCCCUGAUAACAAGUCUUCUGUCAAACAGAACGAUGGUGUUGACCUUGAUCCAAGGGAAUCAAGACUUCCAAAGAAAGAUGGAACUAUUGUUAGCUCUAACUACUUGGCUACAUUCGCAUACAUUAGAGAUCACCUUGAAAGAGUCGCUCUCCUGUUUGUGUCCAGCAUUUGUGUGGGAUUAAUCCUCACACUGUUUGCCUUAGUGAUCUGCAAGUUGUGUCCUAGUGACAUCCAGAAACUGCACAGGAAGAGGGAUCAGCUGGUGCCAGAGAGUGCCAGAGCCUACAAGAGCAGUGAACAGGAGGAGGAAGAGGAGGGGGAGGAUUCUUCCCUUUCAAACACCCAGGAUGAGACAGACGGACUUUACAGACCUUCUUACUCAGGUUAUACCUCAGCAGAGGCAGCGGAACUGGCCGAAAGGAUUGAGCGCAGGGAGCAGAUUAUACAGGAAAUUUGGAUGAACAGUGGUUUGGAUAUGACACCCCCUAGAAAUAUGAAUACAUUUUAUAUUAAUGAACAAUAAAUGGUUUAUUUUGGAUGACACUCAACCCCUUUUUUUAAAAAAAAAAAUGUACCUUCUGUGAAGGAACAUUUGUAUCAGUGAAUAUAAUUAUUUGUAAAAUAAAAAUAAAUAUAUACAAUAAAAAGAGGGUUUCAUACCCUUGACUGUCUAUAAAUCGUUCUGUGAAAAACACUCUACAGUUUUAACUCAUGGUACUACAGAUUACUUUUUCACUGUAAUUUACCCAAAUGCAUAUUUAGGAAUAUUAAAAAAGGUGGAAAAUAUUUAAUCAGAUGUAUUCAACCAUCAGAACAGACCUGCCCAAGAUGCACUCCUGCUGCUACCUGUGCUGGAAAAUACGUGAAGGACAAGCUUCAAAAUGGCUGCUGCUUUCAUGAAAGACUCUUGAAGUUGCCACACACUAAGAAUACUUUACUUAUGGGAAACACUGGGUUCAUUUUUUUGAUCCUAAAGCAGGGUUCGAGCUAGCACUUGAAUGCAGGUCAUAUUCUCAGGAUUUUUAUCAGUUCGCAAUCUUCACUUCAAAAUUGUUAGACUAGUCAGAUUUGGUUUCAGUUGGAGAGAAAAUUAAAUCAGUAAUGUAUCUAAGCUGAAACCAGAACAGCCUUCCUGUCUUAAAAAUGUCUCCAAUAUUUUUGCUGCAGCCCACAGGGAAUUUACUGAACAAAAGGAGGAAAAAUGUCACUUCCUACUGGUAAUACUUCAUGGGUUCACUGUGCUUCCCCACUUAGAUGCCAUGUGCCCAGGUAGAGCGUAGUAUGAAACACUUGGAAAGAAAACAGUGUCAUGACUUGUCAUUUCCUGCUGAUACAAAGUCAAAUUAAGCCUGGAAAAACUUUAAAGGGAGGAAGGGAGCUUGUUCAGAUGACUAAGGCACAAUCCUAUGCUCAACUGGAAAAAUCUCACCAGCAACUAGCAUCCUAUCAGCGGAAGGAAGAGAGGCUAAGGAGAUGGAUGGAGGGUGGAGGUCAUCCAGAGCACUGGGAAACUGCAGGAGAGGCCGGGCACAGCCCAAGAGCCUGGCUGCAAUCCCGCUGGUCCACUCAUCUCCCCUUUUCAGUAGGAAGUCAUAGCCUGUGUUGUGCACGAUAUUGAUUAAUAGGUUUAGGUCUGGAGAAGCCCAUGCCUUGGUCCUGAGGGUGGAAGAAGGCAAGUUUGCCUUUGGGGAGGGCUCUGGGCCAGAUCUGGCUCCUUCCUCCUGACUCACAGGGCAGGUGCCACCCAUUUCCCAGUCAGAUACAAAGGGACUGAUCUACAUCCCAACAAUUCCUCCUACUGACAAACCAUACUAGAAAAAAACCUGAUCCUCUUCUUUUUACUGGAGCAGGCUGGGCUCUGUCCUGCAGGGCUGAGAGCAGGGGCUCCAGGGGUUAUCUCUCCUUCAGACUUCACUUAAGACAAGGUGAAGUCAGCAUUCCCUAGGGGUGGCCACCUGGAGAAUACCUGGUCCAGCCAAAGAUGGGACUCCACAACCUUUCUGGGCAACCUGUGCCAGAGCUUGGCCACCCCCACAGCACCAAAGUGUUCCCUGAUGUUCAGAGGGACCCUCUUGUGUUUCACUUUGUGUCCAUUGCCUUUGCUCCUGCCACUGGGCACACAGGUCCUUUCCCCACUUUGUUCACUUCAUCCACACAUCUGUCCACCUGGUACCCCUCGUUGGGAUUCCCAGCUGAAACCAAGGUCUUCACUCCUGGUAACAAAACAACUGCAGUGGCAGCAUAUCAGCAGAAACCAGUUUGCAGCUUAGAAGUUAGCCCCUUCCUUGGGGCAAAAUGUUUCGCUUUUGCUUUUACAACCUUGGAGGAAAAAGAUAUUUUACAUUGAAAUAAUGAUUUAACUGAUGACCUGAUCCCCUCCUGACUUUCCUCCCUGCCUGCCACCACUCACCAGCAGGCAG